ACACCCCCCCCCCGCUCCUCCAAAGAGGGAGGGGAGGGGGAGUAUGGGGAGGCCGGAGCUUUGCUUAAGCCGCGGGCGGGGAGAAGGCGGCGGCGUUGGCUUUGGCGGCGGCGGCGGCGAGCGCUCCCGACCCGGGAGGAAGGCAAGGCAGGCAAGGGAAGGAAGAAGAAGGAAGGAAGGAGGUCGCCCGGGAGCGUGGGCCACCACCCUGGACAGCGCCCCUCGCCCGGCCUCCGCCCAGCCCCUCAACCCGCUGCCCCUGCCCUCCUCGGCGGCAAGAUGGAGCAGCUGAAGGCUUUUGACCAAGAAGUAAAUGAGUUUGUGGACUAUCUCUUUGGACCUAGAGAUCCCAGGGUCAGAGGAUGGCUUCUGCUGGAUUCCUGCUUACCAACCCUUUUCCUCACUUUCUUAUACCUGGUCUUCAUAUUUCUGGGCACCGCUUUCAUGAAGAACAGGCCAGCUUUGUCGCUCAGGGGUCUCCUUAUUGUAUAUAACCUUGGAGUUACAGUGCUUUCCUUUUACAUGCUUAUAGAGCUAAUUCUUGCCACUUGGGAAGGAGGUUAUAAUUUACAGUGUCAGAACCUGGACAGUGCGGGAGAAGCUGACAUUCGGGUGGCCAAGGUGUUGUGGUGGUAUUACUUUUCCAAAGUCAUUGAAUUUGCUGACACCAUGUUCUUUGUGUUGCGGAAGAAAAACAGCCAAAUUACUUUCCUUCAUGUUUAUCAUCAUGCCACUAUGUUUAACAUUUGGUGGUGUGUUAUGAACUGGAUACCUUGCGGACAAAGUUUCUUUGGACCUACCUUGAAUAGUUUUAUCCAUGUCCUCAUGUAUUCCUACUAUGGACUGUCCGUCAUUCCAUCCAUGAGGAAGUAUCUUUGGUGGAAGAAGUAUCUUACUCAGGCACAACUGAUUCAGUUUGUGCUGACUAUUACCCACACACUCAGUGCAGCAGUGAAACCAUGUGGCUUUCCAUUUGGUUGCCUCAUGUUCCAGUCCUCAUACAUGACCACACUGGUCAUUCUAUUUGUUAACUUUUAUGUUAAGACAUAUCGGAAAAGACCUUCAAGAACUGACACAAAAGAGGUCCCUCUGGUGAUGGAAGUCAAGAAUGGAUUCCAUAAAGACUACCUGAUGGCAGCUAAUGGCGCUCUGGACUAUAAAAAAGCACAAUAAGAAAUAGAAUUAAAUAAUUACAUUGUAGUAUACAAAAUCCCUCCCACUCCUCCCCUUUUUUUCUAAAAAAAGAGAAAAAAGAGAAAAAGACUGAGUUGACCAGACCAUCAUACGCAGUCUUAGUACAAGCUUAGUUGGGUUAUGCUGAUCUGUCCUUCUAUUCCCUGUUUAACUCCUGCUGAUUACUUCAUAAGAAUGCAGUUAUUUUUAAUAUUUUGAUAAAUGCCACUAUUAAUACGAUGAGGGCUGUUAUCAUUUCCUUCACCCAAAACAAAGCCACUGUUCUGUUAUUCUUGCCAUAGUCUGGACGCUUAAAACUUAUCCCCGGGGUAGAAGAAAUGCACCCCCUCUUUGCUUUGCUGGUUCCCUGCUUUUGCCUUCAAAUAUUUGGCACUGGCAGAAUGCUUAUGCAACUCCGAGCAGCUGCAAAUGGUGAAGCCAUUGGCCACGCUUGUCCCUUGAAAUAAGAAGACGGGUGUGCUUUGAAAGGUGGUAUUCUAAUUUAUGAAAACUAGCAGUAAACUACAGGUUGCAUCACAAAAUUAUUUGUGGUUCAGAUAUGCAACAUCAACUCUGAAUUUUAUUAAACACACAAGGUGACACCAACUUCUUUUUGGUCUCCUUCCAAUCCCAGUUUUAUAAGUUGUGUGAAAAAGGAGUUAUUGGUGUCCUAGAAAACUUUUUCACCAAUUCUAGCAAAACAGAGGAAGUGUCCCGUGUAAGGUGCAAUAUGAGUUAACAGGUUUCUGCUAUGGCAUCCAAGCUGAAAUUGUGUCAUCUAAACCAGGGCAGAUUGUGAGGCCUUCCAGAUUUUGGUGACUACAGUUUCCAACAGCCCUAGCCAGCACGGCCAGUGGUGAGGAAGAUUAGGACUUGUCAUUCAAUAUCUGAAAACUUCUCAUGCUAUCCAAUAAAAUAAAAUAAAAAUUCAUUCGGAAUUUUAUUAUUGUUAUACUGGGGCUGUCCUCCAGAUUUUUAUCAUUGCAACUCCCAACUGGGUGUCGCAGUUCAACAAGACCUGCCUGCCUGGAGAAAUCCCACCAAUUUUAAACUUUGAAUCCCACCCAUUUGAAGUCUAAAUGGAUAUACCAGCUUCAAAUAACCUCUCAAUAAAUGUGUCAAGCCAUACAUUCCCGAACUGGAACACUAUCUUGAUGGUGCGAGACAGUCCUUCACAAAAGCCCUGAUAUAUAUAAUAUUUUACUUAUUCAAUUAUCUAGACUAUUCCCUGGCUCAAAACUUGGUGGUCUACAUUAGGUCCUCAGUCUGCAUUUUGCUUUUGUACCGUUCUAGAACAGAUGUUCAUGUUAUGUUAGAAAAUACUAUAAGAGCAUAUGACAGGUGCCAAUGUAAAAAUAAGCAUUAUUACGGUUCAAGAGAUCACACAAUUGACAAGACCUAGAAAUAUAAUCCCAUGCAGAGGGAAAUCCUUCCAAUUUCAGUGAGACUUACUUUCUAGUAUGGCUAUCUAGAUUUGUAGUUUGAAAAUGGAAAUGCUUACAAAACAAUUUGAAUGCAUUCUUUUAGGAAUAGCCCCUGUUCCACAGCAAAACUCCUUGUCGGAAAGCUUUGCCUAUUAAACUUUAUUGGAGGAGGGCUUCCAUGUAAUUCAUGUAUAGUUUGCCACAAUACAUCAGCUACUUGAGAUAUGGCCUCUGACUUUAGCGAAUGCUUUGUCCUCUGCACUAUUUUAGACUGCAAUUCUCAUAACCACCUAGGAGUUUGGGAUAGUAAAACUAGUCCAAAAAUAUAGAAAGGGAGUCAGGUUGCUUUCCCUUUUAGCAAAAACAAUGAAGAAAGGUUCUAUAAUGGUGGAUUAAUUCAACACAUAAGCAUUUUCCUUCAUGGAUGAAAAGCUAGGUAUUUUUAAAGCCCAGUGCCAGUAGAUAUAUGAGUUUUGCAAGAAAGGGUUUUGCAGCAACUCUAAAUUCAAUCAAAUUUUAUUCAAAAUAUCUGAAUAUGAGAAUCAGCAUUUCAGUAUAAGAUGUUUUACCCAAUGUCAUAAUAUAAAAUGUAGGCAUGUAAAUCAUUUGAUGAAUUAGUCCUGAUUUACAAAGGUUAAUAAUUGCUGUAGCCUUCUCCAUAGUAUUCUCUAUGUAUUUGACUGUCCAAAGCGUUGGGUAGGAAUUAUUGGACAGAGAAAAAUGAAUGGAUAUUUUCUCAUGAAAAAGCCGUUUUACAUGCCGGGAACUAUGCUUUUUGCCCAGAAAAAAGUGCAAAAUAUUUCGUGAUAUCCUCUGCACAUUAAUACUAGCUGAUAUUUUGGAAUAUUUUAGUACUGGAAGAAAAUUGUACAAAAGUUUCUAUUAUUUUUCCUCGAAGGGAUGUCUGUGACUAUUGGGAAACCAGUUUUUCACUCUGUAAAUGAAUUUCAAUCUGUUAACACUCUUUCUCAAUAUCAUGCACCAACCACACAGAUCCUAUUUGUAAGUAUCUGCAGGGACAGGUUGAGUAUUCCUUAUCCAAAAUCCUUGGGAGCAGAAGAGAUUAUGAUUUAUUUCUCUCUUCUUUUUUAAAGCUUUUGGAAUAUCAAUAUAUGCUUGGAUAUACAUAUAUAUCCAACAACGCUCCAUGAGGUCAUGCUAGCCACAUGACCUUGGAGGGGUCUAUGGACAACACUGGCUCUUAGGCUUAGAAAUUGAGAUGAGUACAAUCCCCCCCCCCCAGAGUUGGCCACAACUAGAUUUAAUGUCAAGGGGAAACCUUUACCUUAUAUUAUGAGAUAUCUUGGAGAGGGAACUAAAUUCUAAAUAUGACAUUCAUUUCUAUUUCAUAUCCAUUGUAUGCAUAAACCUGAAGGUAAUUUUAUAUACUGUAUAGUUUAUGAAUGAUUUUGCACAUGACAGGACGUUGGUGUAUAUUGAACCAUUAGACAGCAAAUGUGCUACUGUCUCAGCCACCUACAUGGAAAAUUAUAGAGUAUUUUGGAUUUUGGCAUUCACGAUAAGUGAUGCUUAACCUGUAACACUAAAACUGUAGUUGUUCAAUGCCUCUAGCGGAGCUCUUUUCCAAAAAGCUCAUCCAUCCUACUUGAUUUUGGAAACAUGAAAAUGGUUGAGUUUUAUGCUGAGGUAUACUUUAAUGCAACUGUUGUGAGCCGCCCCGAGUCCCUUCGGGGAGAUGGGGCGGGACAUAAAAAUAAAGAUGAUUAUUAUUAUAAGAAUGGGAGGAUCCCAUCAUGAAGGACAUCUGUAUACGAGUAAUGUCAAGUUAUUUCCAACUUACAAUGACCCUAAGAAGAACUUACCACAGUUUUCGUGGCUAGAUUUCUUUGGAGGGGGGUUGCCAUUGAGGCAGAGAGAGUACAACUUACUCAACGUGACCCAAUAGUUUUCCAUGGCUAAACAGGGAUUCAAACCCUGGUCUCCAGAGCCAUAAUCCACCACUCUAUACACUAUGUAACACUAACUCAUGAAGACAUUUCCCAGCCAUUUUUAAAGGAGAUUGUCUUGGAAAUGCCACAGGCCAGAUCUGAUAUGAGAAACGGAGCCAGCAAAUGUUAAGUGUCCGUCUCUUCUUCUUUUGUAGAAGUUUUUUUUUAAUGUGUUGGAGGGAGAACACUGCCUUACUCAAUCUUUCAAAGGGCUGAAAAAAACAAUGCUAAGAUUCACAACUGCUUGUUAAAUGAUAAUCAGACAUGCUCUGAAUACACAAACGUAAUAAAAAUGCUGCUGUUUUGAACCACCACUGGGAUGAUGACUUUUUCAAAAAUUAUUGUGAAAAUUUACUCUUGGAAAAUAAAUAUACAUUUUACAGUCA